UUAUUAGGGAGUGUGUGCCCAGCCUCUUCUCUUUCCCUCAUUCCCCCAAUUUCUCUUGUCCAGCAUCUCCUUCCACUUCCCCUGAUCCUGAUCUUAUAGGGUUUCUCGCGGCGGCGCGGAAGUUGUAGAUCCCGGCGGUCCAAAUCACAGUUCCCCACCCAAAUCUCGUUCCCAAAUUGGGAGAGCCGCCCAUCCGCCUCCGCCGCCACGCUCCUCAACUUCCACCCCACACGCCUCCACUAAUCUCUACUAGUCGUCCUCCUCAAAUCAGGCCAAGUCUCAGCGCCUCCACCGCAACUCCCUCCUUGCAGCUUCAAAUUCCCUUUGAUUCCAGCAACCCCAAUCUCUCAUCUUGCGUGUCCACAACAAGCAUGUAACGUCAGUGAUUGCCCCCCACCCCAUACAAAGGCUUGAGCUUUACUAUCUCCCAGGGCUGCUAUUCAUCAACAAGGAAUUCGGUGAGUACGUGCUCAUCUUUUGUAUCCAGAAAAGCCGGGGAGAAUAGGAUAUCUGCUUGGAGUAUCGUGGUGAUUUUGGAUCAUUGAUGAGCCAGCACUCCUGGAAUGGGCAGCAACAACACAUUCCUCGUUCAGCUGCAUUCUCGUUUGCAUGCCAGUGGCUAGGUGCCCAUCAGGUGUUGGAUGAAAGGUUAGCACCAGGCUACAACCAUCAGAUGUUUGACAGAACAUCACGGGUGUUUGAUACGGUGUCAAACCACACCUACGCUCCACAAGAUCAUCCUAGAGUUUUGCUCAUACUUCAACCCUGCUAUCACUCUUCUCCUUAUUUUCCCACCAUACUAUCCACCACACCCACACCAAAAUUGCUUUACACAAACUCUCUUUAUCCACAUUCUGCAUCCACCAACGCUCUUACAACCACACCGUCAUCAGAAGCACAUGCACACAAGGAAGCUACCGUCAGCGAGCACAUGCCCCCCGUGUGGUCCUCGACAUCAAGCGACGAUUGGAUGAGCAUCAAGCUCAAUCACAGCGUUCGUUUGAUUCACUGCAAGGCGAGCUCUCCAAACUGCGGGACAGGUUAUCUUCUCUGACCACUUCCAUGCUACCCUUGCCAAUGUCAAGUACCACCACUACCUUGAUACCACCUGUGUGUUUUACACCAUCAUCCGGAAGCAUGACGACGGUUGCAUCUGCACCUUCAGUGUCCUCUAGUACGGCCACUGCUUCUGUCGCCCAAGAGAUGUUCGGUGAAAUGCCCCAGUCGUAUGGUUUCCAUAAUCUCAAUCGCCAAAGCCUUUUCCUAGCAGAUGGAACCGAGUAUACUUACUUUACUCUGCCGGCAGAUUAUCCCUUGGAGCAGGCUACUCCACCAGGGUCACCUUCAGCAGGGGAGAAUGUUGGUGUCACAGAUCGGUUGUCCAUAGGAGCACAAGCAGCAUGUCUGGCUCCAGUUCUUUCCUCCAAAGCCAACAACACUCCUGGUUCUGUGUCGCUGCUUGUUCCCAACCUGCAGCCGAAUGUGCAAGAUGCUCCCCAUGUGUUCAAGGAAAUGCAUGUAUAUAAUAUAUAUGAAGAACAAGAUUGUGCUUGCCUGAACAUUACCUCAGAUGUGCGGGAUUUCAAUCUUGAGCUGCUGCAGCAUGAUGAUGAGAGGGCAUGCAAUUGUCCAGUCCUAAAGGCCUCCGAAUCAUUUGCCACAAGUUCCAGCCAGCUCAAUACUGAGCAUAGUAGGAGAGACCUGAGACUCCUAUGGGAUCCAGGAGCUUCAGCAUUUCUAGUGACCCCUCAGUGAACUUAGCUUUCCACUGAUAUAUUAGCAUCUGAAAAAAUGAAUCUUGCUACUUGUUUUGUUGGAGGUGGUUGCAUAUCUAAACUGGAAAUUAGCUUGCUAUGAUAGAACUGCUAGCAUCCAGUAUAUGAGAAGGUGAGAUGUCUUUUGUGGCCAUACAAGCCUAUACACCAGGUCCUAUUGUUGGUACAAUUUUUCAUUUUAUUUUGCAGAAUGAUUGGUUUGUCGUAUUUUAGAGGAAAGUAAGGUCAUGGUAAUUUAACAACUGCUUUGGUGCUAAUGCAGUGCUAUGCACCAAUUCUUCUAUAAUUGGAAGAGGAUAAUGACAAACAAGUCUCUCAUACAAUGAAAUAAUACAAGGUUUCUUGAUGAUCUGGUGCCGGUGGGUGCAGUGAUGGCCAAGGCAGUUCCAGCAAGGAUGGAGGAAAUGUUGAGAAAGAGGCGGCAUCAGACGAUGAAUGGCUGGUUGUUGACCGACUGUUGGCACCGUGCCGAGAUGGCCAGUGUCGAGUACUUCAACCUCGUGUACCUUACAUGUGUAUUCUGCUGGCAGGAUAUGGAAAACCAUGAGGGAUGCAUGGGACAGAUUGAUCUCGACCAUACAUCAGUGGGCAAUUCUAUGCAAGACUGCUCUGGAAGUCACCUUGCAGCAAUACAUCUGGGAUAUGGAGCACAAGCGGGAGGAACUCCUUCAGAUAGCCUGGCACUAGUUCCCUCAGGAGGCGAGUGGACAAUGGCUGAGCUGCAACGCCAACUGCUCCUAACUAACUGGUUCUCCCCUCCAGUCGCCUUCCCCAACCCAGUCCAAGCCGGCAGCGGGUCCAAGUUUGAUGACAAAAUAUCUGUGCAAGACAUGCGGCAGUCUCAAGACAGAACGGAGUUGUUUCAUAUGGCCCUAUCCGCACGAGCUUUAUGAGGAAUUCCUUGUUAUUUCUUCCUGGCUUGAUGGAUUGAGUUGAACACAUCUAAGAGGGAUGAAUGGAAAUGUGUGUGGCAGAAUGGAGAGUAUUUCACUUCCAAGUAUUAUGCUUUAGUUCACGAGCCAUUGGUUGUAUGUCUGAGUACAAGAGAUCUAUUGAAGGGGAGCUGGAAAGUAACUGAUGAUAACCACUGUGAGUUGUGUCCUGGUAGAGAUUAUGAUGAUCGUCAACAUCUGUUCUUUGAGUGUAAUUUUAACCAAAGAAUUUAGAACUACCGUCAGAUUAAGUGCGAACCAGGAGAUGAUGUAUUACAAGUGGCUCGAAAUGCUAGGAGAAGCUUUAGCAAACUUUUUUCCCGUUGAAGUGGCUUUUAUAGCUUGAUAUAUGAGAGACUGGCUCUUACUAGGAUAACCAGGAAAGGCAGUAACUACUCUUGGAUUUUUAAUCAUGAUUCGCCACCUAUAUUAGCUGCUGAAGUGCUGGGAGAUCGAGCGGACAGCGAUUGAGGAGAUGCUGGCGAUCGAGGAACAGCGGGAGGAGAUGCCGGCGAUUGAUGGAGCAGUCUGGAUGAGAUGGCUGCUGGCGUGCUGGUUUAGCGACUGGAAGCAUGCCCAUUGCUCCGGCAGCUGGUUUAGCGAGGUUGCUGCUCAGGCAGGUGCUGGCGUGCUGGUUUAGCUGCAGGCGAGGACGGCUGCAGACCGGAUCGGGAUGCGGACGGGAGAUUGUGGACGACUCGAGCUACAAUCGAUUUGGAAUUAGAGAGUUUCUUGUAAGAAUUUGAAUUGUAGAGGGUGUCUUUGUAAAAUUGAUUUAGCUGAAUCGUUACAGGUGCUUGCG